GGCUGUUAUUGAGCGCGCCGGCCCACUCAAUGAGAGGGCCGGUUGUUAUGCUGCAGUUGGCAGGCUGCUGCGGGAGGCGGUGGCGGUGGGAAGCCCGAGGCUGCUGCGGGGUGACAGAGUUGGAAAAUAUUUAACUCUCAACAAAUGAAUUCCACGCUUGAGCUCAGCCGCAUUCCUGUGCCACCUCCUCCUUUAGAAAACUGAUCUAAGAAGAUAACAGAAGACUAGAGAAAGAUGCUGGGGUCCGAGCGAGCUGUGGUGGAAGAGUGGCUGUCAGAGUUCAAGGCACUACCUGACACUCAGAUCACCAGUUAUGCAGCGACUCUACACCGGAAGAAGCCCCUUGUCCCUGCGCUCUAUAAAGUCAUUCAGGACUCGAACAAUGAGCUCCUGGAGCCUGUCUGCCACCAGCUGUUUGAGCUCUAUCGUAGCUCAGAAGUCCGGCUCAAGAGGUUCACACUGCAGUUCCUGCCCGAGCUGAUGUGGGUUUAUUUGCGACUUACAGUUAGCAGAGACAGACAGAGUAAUGGCUGCAUUGAAGCUCUUCUCCUAGGAAUUUAUAAUUUGGAAAUUGCUGAUAAAGAUGGAAAUAAUAAAGUACUGUCUUUCACCAUCCCCUCCUUGUCCAAGCCCUCGAUAUACCACGAACCCUCAACAAUUGGAUCCAUGGCUCUAACAGAAGGGGCGUUGUGUCAGCAUGAUCUCAUCAGGGUUGUUUACAGUGACCUUCAUCCUCAGAGAGAGACCUUCACUGCGCAGAACCGGUUCGAGGUCCUGAGCUUCCUCAUGCUGUGCUAUAACUCAGCCAUUGUGUAUAUGCCGGCCUCCUCCUACCAGUCCCUGUGUCAGAUGGGCUCCAGGGUUUGUGUGAGUGGGUUUCCUCGGCAGCAGGAGAAGCAGUGGAAGGAAGUCUGCGGCCGGAUAGUGCUGGAUCCUGAGUUCAUGGUGCAGCUUCUCACAGGCGUGUACUAUGCCAUGUAUAAUGGACAGUGGGACCUUGGCCAGGAAGUACUUGAUGACAUCAUUUAUAGAGCCCAGCUAGAGCUCUUUUCUCAGCCACUCUUGGUCGCCAAUGCCAUGAAAAACUCCUUACCAUUUGAUGCACCUGAUUCUUCUCAAGAAGGUCAGAAAGUCCUCAAAGUGGAAGUCACUCCGACAGUGCCGAGGAUCUCUCGGACUGCGAUUACAACAGCUUCAAUCCGGCGUCAUCGGUGGAGAAGAGAAGAUGGCUUUGACUUCUCAAACGAGGCUGACUCGAGUAUUCCCGGCUCCCCGAUCCAACACGGCUCCACUGACCUAGGGAUCAUACGUGUGCGAGAGGGGGAGGUGCGCAGGACCCCUGAGCAUGGCUCGCCGGAGCCCACCUCGGCAGCAGCCACCACAGAGGGUGCUGAGGGUCUCAAUGGCGGAGAGGACUCUUUAAACGUGAACGAUGCAGACGAGGGCUUCUCAUCUGGGGCUUCCCUCAGCAGCCAGCCACAUGGGACCAAAGCAUCGUCCUCGUCUCAGAGGGGAGGAAGCUUACGGAAAGUAGCCACCGGUAGAUCCUCCAAAGAUAAGGAAACCGCGUCUGCCGGCAAAUCCAGUGAGAGCCCUCGCGAUUCAGUAGUUCGCAGGCAGUUUGUACAGCCAGCAGAUCUUAGUUUAGAUUCAGUGGAGCUGACGCCGAUGAAGAAACACCUGAGUCUGCCUGCCGGCCAGGUGGUGCCAAAAACCAAUAGCUUAAGUCUAAUUCGGACAGCCAGCGCUUCCUCGAGUAAAUCGUUUGACUAUGUAAACGGCAGUCAAGCCGGUACCAGCAUCGGGGUCGGCACUGAGGGGGUGACUAACCUGGCAGCCACAAAUGCCAAUCGAUACUCAGCCAUCAGCCUCCAGGAAGACCGGCUAGGGCAUGCUGGUGAAGGCAAGGAGCUCCUCAGCCCAGGAGCCCCCCUAACAAAGCAGUCUCGAUCCCCGAGUUUCAAUAUGCAGCUGAUAUCCCAGGUGUAGUUCUGAUGUCCCCCAUCCGCUUACCUUUCAAACUGAACAUUUCAUUGUGCAGGACCCUUCAUCCCACAUUGUGAUUUAGCCUAGGCAUCUUCAUACUGUAUUUUGUAUGGAAACAGCAAUAAGGUUUUCUCUCCCCUUUCAUUUCCUCCACUUAUUCCUUGCAAAUGUGUUUGUGAAGCUGUGUAAGAUGUUUGCCUUUUCGACGCCUUCCUUUCUCCUUGGGUAACGUGCAAUCCGUCGUAGGCUGAUCGGGACUGAGGAGGUGGUAGAGGAAAUGGUGUAUGAUCCCUAUGAAGUGAUCCUUCGGCUUUUGUUUAAAAACAAAACGGGUUUGUUCACAUAAUCUAUGGAACUAUGAAGAUAACUGGAUCAUUUUUUUUCUCUCUCUUAACCAGGAGUGCCUCAGAGAUUCUGCUAUGACUUCAGACUUCUCUGAGUCUGUGCAAUGUUAUAGUCUUGAGAAGCAUGGGGAAGGUGGUAGACUACUGCGGUGUUUCAUUAAAACGAGGCUAGCUGCCCCCUUUCCUCGAUCCCAAGAUCAUAAACAUUUAGUUAUUGAGGCAUUUAGUCAGCUUGUGAGCACCUCCACCGGAGGGGAAGGCUCCGAGUUGAUUGUGUAAUUAAUGCACUUUCUCAAUGGCUCUGUAGUCAUCAACAACACGUCUUCCCUCUUCCCACAAGGACUUAGGGACAUUUCUGCCCUUAAAGUUUGAACUAGCCAAUCAGAGACUCCAAGGGGCAUGCUCUAUUUCCUGGGAAUGAUUGACACUUUCUUUGGUGCUGGGGUUUCGUGGGGGGAAGGGUGCUUUGUUUGGUUUGCGUGAGAGUGUAAGUGAGGUGAGGUUGUAACUGUUUCCUUCUCUUCCUGUGUGAGCUGAUGAUGACUGAAGUAGGAACCGUGCGUCUUCAGGUAAAGAGGGGGAUUUCUCGGUCCACGUUCUGUGACGUCAGGCUGUCGGAGAAUCCCUUUCAGCUGCUUCCCAGAUGUACCUAAAUUCAGUCAGAUAGUGGAUGAUAAAGAAGCCUAAAGUCCUGAGAUCGUACGCUCCGAGGACAUGCAUCAGGGACAGAAAACUGGCUGAAAACACUGAUGCUUCAAUGUGACACAUUUUUAUAGAGCGUUUCUACCCGAGGGUACUGACUUGAUUUCUCCACAAGGACCACACUGCCUUUGUGUUUAAUGCAAUUUGUGUAUCUUCUGAUUAUCUGCAAAGUUUCUCGUUUUUAUAAAACUUUGAAAUCAUGCCAGUAAGCUCGAUGUUGAAUGUAUGUCAGUAGCGUUUGGUGACUGCUAAGAGGUUACAAGAAUGCAUUAUUGGCUCAGUUCUUUUGUGUGAUUUGGUUGGGAAAGACUUUCUUACAAUCUCUUCUGGGUCUCAGGCUUUGUUUGAAAAAGAAGGGAAUGUACUGGGAUUUUGAAAAUCAGUAUUGUGUCUUCAUCUGCUGUCCAUCUCAAAACCAUGAGUUACACAUACCCUUGUACGUGUAGACAUUUCAUGUGUCGUUGUGAAAGAAAAAUAUACUGCCUUUAUUGAAA